CCGAUCACCGUACCGUACCAACAAGUAGAGAUAGAGAGUAGUUGCUACUAGCUAGCUAGCUCAAUCGAUCCGAUCCAAGCAGGCAGCUCUCAGGUCGGUCGUAGCUGGAAACAAUGGGGGUGUUGUCAUCAAUCUCCCUCCUGCUUCUGCUUCAGGCCGCCGCCGCCGCCGCCUCCUCCGUGAGCUACAACGACAGCAGCAGCAGCAGCAGCUUGAUGCAGAUGCAGUGGGGCAACGCCAGGGCCACCUGGUACGGCCAGCCCAACGGCGCCGGGCCCUACGACAACGGCGGCGCUUGCGGUUUCAAGAAGGUGAACGAGUACCCGUUCAUGUCGAUGACGUCCUGCGGCAACCAGCCGCUGUUCCGCGACGGCAAGGGAUGCGGGUCCUGCUACAAGAUCAGGUGCUCCAAGCACCCCGCCUGCUCCGGCCGCACCGAGACGGUGGUCAUCACCGACAUGAACUACUUCCCCGUGCCGGCGGCGCCAUACCACUUCGACCUCAGCGGCACCGCCUUCGGCAAGCUGGCCAAGCCCGGCCGCAACGACGACCUCCGGCGAGCCGGCAUCAUCGACAUCCAGUUCGCCAGAGUGCCCUGCGAGUUCCCCGGCCUCAAGGUCGGCUUCCACGUCGAGGAGGGCUCCACACAGGUCUACUUCGCCGUGCUCGUCGAGUACGAGAACGGCGACGGCGACGUCGUGCAGGUGGACCUCAUGGAAUCAUCUCGUCGGGGCGGCGGCGGACGGUGGACGGCGAUGCGCGAGUCGUGGGGCUCCAUCUGGCGCCUCGACUCCAACCACCGCCUGCGGCCGCCAUUCUCCAUCCGCCUGCGCAGCGACUCCGGCAAGACGCUGGUGGCGCGAGACGUCAUCCCCGUCAACUGGAGGCCAAACACAUUCUACAGAUCAUUCGUCCAGUACUCCUGAUCGAUUCCACGAUUAGUUGUUGGAUUGCAUCUUGCGUUCGUCGAUCAUCUGUACUAAUAAUUAUUACUUACUUAUAUUACUGCCAUGGAUGGAGUGUAUGUAUGCAUGUAUGUAUCUACAAUACUUAAGACUCUAUUUAACUACCAAUGCAAUGGAAUGGAUCUGUCCUCAACC